AUGGUCUUGACAGGCCUGAUUUUGCUAACCGGCGACGAGCUGGCCACAGCAGCCAGUUCUGUCCUCGGCCAAGAGCUGAUGUUCGAGCAUACCUCAGAGGACGACACGAGAAAGGUCGUGAAGGCGCAUUCUGACAGCGACGAGUCGGAGAUCCAGUAG